AUGUCCCCAUUGGUCUAUCUUUGCAACCAGGCCCGAACCUGCAAGGAGUCAUUUGCGCCGCUUAACCUGUCAGUAUCAGAAUUCCCUCCUAACUCGUACCGCACACGAGGAAUCCAGAGAUGGAAAGAACAUCUCGGAGCAGAGAGAUCUGAAGAAAAUAACGAGAAUCUCAGAGUCGCUCUGGGGAAGAAGGAUUAUGAGCAAAUCAGCCAUUUGCUCAGCUGGGGGGAGAGUCUUAAUGUGGACAUCAGGCAUGAUGGCUGCCCACUGAUUUUCUGGGCCAUACACGAUAGCGCCAUACACGAUAGCGCCUUGGACGUCGUGGAGACACUUCUCAAGCGCGACAACAUCGAUGUAGAUUUCACGGAUGACAACGGACGAACCCUCAUGUCAUGGAUUGUUAGUUUCAACUCCAGUCAUGAGGUCGUGGGGGGCUUUAGGGAUCCUGCCCAAAGGAGGAUCGCGGGGCUCCUGUACCAAAAGAGCAACAGCUUGUUGAAUCAUCCAGACAAAGACGGCCGGACUCCAUUGUCUUGGGCCGCAGAGAAGGGAGACCCGUAUGUAGUCAAGUGGCUCCUCGAUCAACCGGGUAUUGAGCUGAAUUCGAAAUGCAAAUCGGGUCGCACACCCCUGUUUUGGGCGUUGAGCAACUGUUUACCAUUUGGUUCGCUCAGUGACCUUAGAGUCCGGUAUCUUCUAGAAACCCCAGGCAUUGAAAAACACUCGUGGGAUAACAAGGGUCGAACAUUGCUUUCUUGGGCCGCUGGCUCAGCACAAGAGCAAGCCGUUGAUUAUCUUUUGGCAGACGACAACAUCGACGUAAAUGUGGCAGAUGACGACGGCUGGACUCCAUUGACUUGGGCUACAAUGGAGGGAAAGGAGAGAAUUGUGGAACGACUGCUUGCCUCAAAGCACAGAGUUGAUGUGAAUUUGGCAGACAAGAAAGGCCAGACACCGCUGUUCUGGGCAGUGCAGGAAAAACACCACCUCAUCGUCGACAUGCUGUUAUCGAGAGACCUAGUCACUCUCUGCUCGGCGGUCCGAAACGGAGACCUCGCAAUGGUCAAAUCACUCGUUGGUGCAGGUUACGACGUUAAAAGGACCAAUCUUCUCAACCAAACACCAUUGCAUAGCGCCAUAUUGUCUGGGAAUUACGAAAUAGCCGAGUUUCUUCUUUCUCGCACGACAGCCAUAAAUGGUGGAGAUAAUGAAGGGAUGACACCACUACGAUCAGCCAUUCAGCAACGUCGGGUUGACUUGGUCGCAUUACUUCUUAAACACUCGGCGGAAACGAAGGAAAUCAAAUUGUAUGAAUGGUUUGAGGGUUACAAUUUGACCGGGAGUUUCUAUGUCUGUCUAACGGAAAACGGCGGCGAAAAAACUCUAAGUGUUGCGCGUGUGAACGAAAUCGCGUCCUCCAAUGAAGCAAUACAGGGACCUCAGAACAGGAGCUCGGAAAGGCGUUUCUUUCUUUUCAAAAACUCUCUGCCAUGGCAGAAAGGUCUGAUCCGUGACUCAAUUGAGAUCCUGCAACCCAACAAGUUGCACCUUUCUGAGUCUGUAUGUGCAGGUGACGGGAAACAUUUCGUCCUUUCAGCAGCUAUCCUGCUAUUUCCGUGGCAUCCUGAUCAAAAAUUAGGCGGCUUACUGAUACCCGACAAAGAAGAGUGCAGAAUCACCUGGACCAUCAGGCGUGGUGUGGAUGCGAGAAGCGAGCCAGUGUGGGUACCUCUGGACUUCUUCAGCACUCUACAAAACAGCGGGACACCAGAGGAUGGCGCCGAGCUUUUUACGCAGUUCCUGGAUGAUCUCGAGAGGCGGUGGCUGGGAGUAUGUGACCUGGCAGAGGAACAUCUUUCCAAUUGCCGCCUCGAGCAGUUGGAGCACAAAGGGAGCAACCUGACGCUCAUUGAUUGCCUCGCAGUAGAUGCAAGACAGUGGGCUGAGUUUCGGAAAAUCCUGAAGGGACAUGCUCAAGACGCUCGUUCAUUCGCUCAAAAAUAUUGCCAACGCUACAAUGGCGGAAGGGGGCUCGAGCGGAUCCGAGAGUCCAUCGAUCGGAUUGAGAAACGGGUGAACGAGCGUAUUCACAACCUUGACCAAACAGUCAGGGACCUACUCCAAUUAAUAAGUUUACCAACUUGUGCUUUCGCUGGGCCGUGCUGA